AUGUCCAUUCAGUCUGCAUCACCCGGAGACAUGUCUUUGAACAAGAAGAUGAAUCCAAAGAAGGACGUGAUGAAACCGGAAGACGCCGGCACAAACGAUGCGGUGUUUGGCCAGAUCACCGAGGAAGGUCCCGAUUACCGAAACGUAGGAUGGAUUGGAACGGUCGCCCUCAUGCUGAAAACGCAGUUUGGACUGGGUAUUCUCUCGAUUCCGGACGUCUUGAACACAUUGGGCAUGGUGCCUGGAGUUCUCUGCAUCCUGGUAGUCGCGGGAAUCACCACGUGGUCCAACUAUAUGAUUGGAUGCUUCAAGCUGCGCCAUCGGCAAGUCUAUGGAAUUGACGACGCCGGUGGAUUGAUGUUUGGCCGCGUCGGAAGGGAGUUCUUCAGCAUUGGAAUCUGUAUCUACUGGAUAUUUUGUUCUGGUUCUGGCAUAGUCAGUACGUCGACCGGAUUGAACGCAGUCUCUAGCCACGGGGCAUGCACUGCCAUCUUCAUGAUAGUUGCUGCUCUGGCGGCUUGGAUGAUUGGAAGCAUCCGCACGCUAGGCAAAAUGACCUGGGUCGCAUGGAUUGGAGUUGCUUCUGUAUUCAUCGCCGUGAUGAUGAUAACUAUUGCCGUGGGCAUUCAAGACCGACCGUCUGCCGCCCCCUCGACCGGCGAUUGGCAAUCCGAUUGGAAGCUUUUCGGGAACCCGACGUUCACAAAAGGCAUCAUGGCCGUCUCUUCCCUAGUCUUUGCCUACGCCGGCACGCCAGGAUUCUUCCCAAUCAUCGCUGAGAUGCGUGAUCCUGCGCGAUAUAACAGAGCUCUCUUUGUCUGUCAAGGAUUCAUAACGGCCAUGUACAUCACUAUCGGCUGCGUGGUCUACUAUUACUGCGGGUCUUUCGUUGCAUCUCCUGCCUUGGGAUCAGCAGGCGACCUAGUCAAGAAGGUAGCAUACGGCGUCGCCCUGCCUGGAUUACUGGUUAGCACGACCAUUGUUCUUCAUUUUGCUAGCAAGCUUCUAUUCAUCCGGCUCCUCAGAGGAACAGAACACCUGAAUAAGAACACCUUUCGGCACUGGACGACAUGGAUAGGCUGUACGUUUGGCAUUGCCAUCGCGGCAUAUUUGAUCGCCAGUGGUAUCCCGGUGUUCAGUGCUUUGGUCUCACUCAUCGGCGCGCUACUCGGGACGCUGAUGUCGUUCCAGCCCAUGGGUUGCAUGUGGCUGUACGACAACUGGCAUCUAAGGGGGAGCAGUCCGAGAUGUACCUGGUAUCUGAUGGUUGCCUGGAGCAUGUUUGUUAUACUGAUUGGAACAUUCAUCAUGAUCGCAGGAACGUACGGUUCUAUCAUCGGGAUUAUUGAAUUGAAUCGAGCCUCAGGCGGAUCCCGCGCUUGGUCGUGCGCUGAUAACUCGAACUCAACCUGA